UUCGCCGUAUUUUGAAAUUGGGAAGAAACAUUUGGUUGAUGGAGUAAACUUUGCAUCAGGCGGUUCUGGUUGUUUGGCUGAAACCAAUCGUGGCUCUGUAAGUAAGAAUAUUUCCUUUUAUGUAAUUAUUGUUUGAAUUUGAUACUGUUUGUUUCCAUUUGACAGGUUAUAGAUCUUAGUAGUCAGUUGAAAUAUUUCAAAAACGCGGGAAAACUGUUGAAGAUGAAAGUGGGGAAAACAGAGUCGAAACAGAUACUCUCCAAUGGUGUAUAUAUUUUUAGCAGUGGCAGUAAUGAUUUCGUCGCCCCUUUAUUAGCAAAUUCGACUUCCCCAAAUUACGAUAGAGGACAUGUACAUAUGAUUAUGGGGAAUUUGACUUCUGUAUUGAAGGGGAUUUACAAGGAAGGAGGGAGAAAGUUUGUGAUGCUUAAUUUGGGUCCAUUUGGUUGUCUCCCUUCUGUUAGGGCUUUCAACCUUCAAAAAAGAGUUACAAAUGGAAGUUGCAUGGAGAAGGCCACAAACUUGGCCAAAAUGUUUAAUUCAGCUCUUCCAAAAAUGCUCAAACAACUGGAGAAACAAUUGCCUGGAUUUAAGUAUACAAUAUUCAACUUCUUCAAAGUAGUUGCAGAUAGCAUUCAUAAUCCAACAAAAUAUGGUGUUAAGAUAUCAGAGACGGCUUGUUGUGGAACAGGUCCAUUGCGAGGGAUUCCUAGCUGUGGAGGGAAUUGGCAGGUAAAAGAGUACGAGUUAUGUAACAAUGUGAAAGAUUACUUGUUUUUGACUCCACUCAUCCCUCUGAGCAUGCCUACCAAAAAUACUCAGAAUUACUAUGGAAUGGAACUCCAGAUGUUGUAGCACCUUACAACCUAAAAUUCUUGUAUGAACUUUCAA